UGGACCAAGAAAAAUCUUCUAUUCCUUCUUCACCCUUUUGUGUAUACACUGUAUAAUCCCCCACAACCCUCAUCUUCUUUCAGGAUCCAGCCCUCUCUCUCUUUUCAAGUGUUGGAAUUUGUUUUCAACUGGCCCAGGGGAAAAAAAAGUCAAAAAACAAGAAAAAAAGGGGAAUAUCGUUUUUGACUUUUGUAUAUAUCAAGACAAAAUCGAGUUUUUAUUAUAAAGUGGGGUAUUUUACAAUUAUGAAUAUGUACCAAUUGCAACAGUUUCAUAUUCAACCCAUGAUGAAGAUGGAUAACACGAUGAGGAAGAGGGAGAGAAGCAAAGCCAUGGAGAAAGAGAGGCUUCAAGUGAUGGACUUGAGUGGCAUGUCCUUGGAGUUUCUUCCCAAACCUUCGCUUGAUUUAGCCACCAUUUGCAAGUUGGACCUAUCUAAUAACAAUCUCCAGGAAAUUCCGGAAUCCUUAACGGCUAGACUUCUAAACGUGGAAGUGUUGGACGUGCGUUCCAACCAGCUAAACUCCCUUCCCAAUUCCAUUGGCUGCCUCUCUAAGCUCAAGGUUUUGAAUGUCUCAGGCAACUUCCUCGAAUCCCUCCCCAAAACCAUUGAGAAUUGCAGAGCCUUAGAAGAGCUGAAUGCAAACUUCAACAAGCUGAGCAAGCUGCCAGACACAAUAGGGUUUGAGCUCAUAAACCUAAAGAAGCUCUCAGUGAACUCCAACAAGCUUGUGUUUCUUCCAAGCUCCACUUCACACUUAACAGCUUUGAAGGUUCUUGAUGCACGAUUGAAUUGCCUAAGGGCACUUCCUGAGGACCUUGAGAACCUCAUCAACCUAGAGACCCUUAAUGUGAGCCAGAACUUCCAGUAUUUGGAGACCAUCCCUUACUCCAUAGGGCUUCUCUGGUCACUUGUUGAACUUGAUGUUAGCUACAAUAACAUCAAGACCUUGCCUGAGUCAAUUGGGUGCCUCAAGAAUCUCCAGAAGCUGAGUGUUGAAGGGAACCCUCUUACCUGUCCCCCUAUGGAGGUGGUGGAACAAGGACUUCAUGUGGUGAUGGAGUACAUGCAUCAUAAGAUUAACUCAAGUGAUCAAAACAAAACUAAGAAAAGGUGGUGGAUGGGGAAGAUUGUGAAAUGUGGAACCUUCAAUAAACAAUUUAGAAAUGGGAAACGACCUGAACAUGUGGGUUACAACAUGCUUAAGCACCAGAAUAUCAAUGGUCUUGCUUCCCCAGGCUUCAUGGGGAUGCUCUCCCCUCUUCGCCUGUUCUCUCCCCAUCGUUCCCCCCGCCAUUUCUUCAGUUGAGAAGUGGUAGAAUAUUUUUGUAAAUCAUUGUGUCUGGAAGAUAAAUUAUUGCAUAAUCUAAGACCAUUAUAUAUCUAUGGUCCUACUGAAAUUUUAUGUGAUAUGUAAUUGAGUUUUUUAAUAUAAAAAAAGAGUUUAAAAACUCAAUUACGUAUCAUUUGAAAAUUAUUCCAGAUUGUCUAUGAUAAUCUUGAAUUAUGUAAUAAUUUUUCUUUUGUUGAAUAGUUUGGUUUAAUGUGUUGAAUUCCAACAAUCAAAGGUGUGACAAUUAUGAAUAUAUGAAAUUUCGGGUUAGGUUGUAUGCAAAAUAAUAGCUAUAAUGUAUAAUUGAGUUGAAAAUGA